CAUAUCAUUCAAUUAAAAAGAAAAUUGAUUCCUUCUUUCCUUCCGUCCAAUCACAAGAAGGCAAAGGAGAAAAGAGGAAGACAUGGUGACGUUAAUUGUAGCCACCACCGUAGACCCGGCUUCAAUUGGCCCAACCUCUGCUCUUCUCUCCAUGCCCGGCUGGCACCCCGGGCCCCUCCUCCAGGGAAUUCCAAGUUUUGUGAAUGAUGAAGUGAGACUAUUGAAGCAUGAUAACAGCAUUGUAAGAGAGGACCACCUGGAUAGGCGAUGGGAGGAGGUGACUGGUGAGGCCGUUGACGAGGUUAUAUUUCUCAGUAGGCACACUGCUGUUUCUAAUCGUCCCUCACUAACAAUCCAUCCCAUUGGUGUGCCCCAUUUACAAGAAGGGGAUGUGCCACCAACGGGUGGGAAGCCAGGAUGGGCUGCACCGCCUAAUCCACGCAUAGGACCGUGGCUGAGACUAUUGAAGGGUAUUGCUGAGUCACACAAUUUAACUCCUGAAUUUGAGGUAACAUUUAUUGUGGAGAUUACAUGGUGCACCUAAUUUUCGGCUUUGCUG